UGUGUGUGUGUGUGUAGGACCCGAGCAAAAUCCCAGGCUGGUUGAAAAUCAUCAAGAACUAUUAUCCAGAUUUCAUUAUCUGCAAUCCUGAGAAAGCGCCUGUCUGGGAGAUCACAGGCGCCGAGUUCUCGAAGUCAGAAAUGCACACCGCGGACGGCAUCUCCAUCCGCUUCCCCCGCAUGACGCGCAUCCGCGAUGACAAGGACUGGAAGAGCGCCACCAACUUGCACCAGCUCAAAGAGCUGUUCCGCAUAUCUAAAGAGAACUGCGACUUCAAAGUGACAGCCGGACCGUCCAGCGACGACAAGGGCUCAUCAGGAGGAGACAGCGGAGGAAGCUCCCCGUCGCCCUCGUCCCACAGAGGCGGCGCUCCUCCUCCUCCUCCUCCCAAGAGGCCCAGCGGCAGCAGCAGCGCCACACCCAAACCGAAGGUGGUGAAAUCUCAGCCCCGCACCCCGAGCUCAGAGGCACCUGCUGCCAAGAAGGUGAAGAAGAGCGACGACGUCCACAGCAACGGACAAAGCAAAACAAAGACGACCUCUCAACUGCUGCAGCCGAGGGACGACAAGACGCUGCUGGACAUCUUCAGCGGCGUGAAGCUCUUCCUGCCCGUCUCCGUGCAGGACUUCGACAAACUCAGGCGCUACUUCGUGGCGUACGACGGGGACAUCGUGCAGGACUACGACACCUCCUCCGCCACGCACACUCUGGCCGAGCCCGAGGAGAACAGCCAGGCCCAGAGAGUCUCCCCCAGCUGGAUCUGGGAGUGUAUCCGCAAGAGGCGCGUCGUACCUCCCUGUUAAUGAUAAACAACGAAAAACAUUUUUUUACACUGUGUUUACAGGCACUGCUCAUCAGUGCAGCUUCAAUCCGUUAAACCACAUGGACAAGAAUUUGUAUUUAUUCUUUUAAAGCCUUUGUGGUUUGUAAACUUCAAACCAGCCGGGGCCACGAACGCAAACAUUUACUUUGGGAGUUUUACUUUCUGCUGAUUCCAGGUUAUUGGAAAAUUAUGAAUGUUGGUGAUAGACGUAGUUUUUAUAACAUUUCACUCAGACAAAGGUUACAGCCGCCGCACAGAAGAUCACGGAAUGCAAUUUAAAAAGGUCACGACACAGAUCAUAGCUGAAUUAACACCAUGGGAUUAAUCAGUAGCACGCUGCUGUUGUUGUUGUUGUUUUUUUUACAGCCAGAAACCACAGCUCGUGUGAAGAGCAACAUUUUCAGAAUAAACGAGAUGCUGAUAACAUCAAGAA